AUGUCCUCGCUACUAGGUUCUCUCCGCUCCGCCCGCGAAUGGGCCAUGCCCACUUUGAAAAAGUCUGCCUUUUUGGAACAAGGUGUCUUGACGCCCGAAGAAUUCGUCCAAGCCGGGGACGAGUUGGUGUAUAAAUGUCCCACGUGGACGUGGGAAGCAGGCGAUGAAUCCAAGCGCAAAUCGUAUCUGCCGGCCGACAAGCAGUACCUAGUGACGCGACAAGUCCCCUGUCAGAACCGGGUCUCGGCGAUGGAAUCCGACAUGCUGAUGGAACAGGCAGAAGGAGGAGAUGGCGAUGAUGACGAUGAUUGGUUGGUCUCUACCAUUAUCCAACGAACUGAAAAGGCUUUGAACCUAGAAGAUGAAUUUGAUAUGUUGGAUGAAGAUGGAGAAGUGAUUGAAAAGCCAACACCGGAUACAGCAGGCGGCGAGAAUGACAAGUCUGAGGCUCCCACCACGACCGAUGCUGACGGGGACGGGGACGAUGACGAAUAUGCCGACAUGGAUGCCUUUGAAGACGACAAUAUUCUAGAGGAUGAUGCGGCUGCCGUCACUCCUGCUCAACAGCAGGCUGAUAAAGAUGAUGAAGAUCACACCAUCAAGGUCCGAACCUACGAUUUGAGCAUUACCUAUGACAAGUAUUAUCAAACCCCCCGCGUGUGGAUGAUUGGUCGCAAUACUCAAGACCAACCCUUGACCGGAGAAGAAAUGAUGGAAGAUGUGAUUAGCGAUUAUGCCAACAAGACUGUUACCAUGGAAUCUCAUCCACACGUUUCCGGUCCCCAUGCGUCCAUUCAUCCUUGUCAACAUGGCAAGGUCAUGAAGGCGAUUGUUCGCAACCUCAUGAAGAACACUCCUCCUCCUGCUGAAACUACUGAAGGGGAUGUUGAUGGUGAAGAAGCCGCCAUGAACAAUGGACCAUCCGUCGAAAUGUACUUGUUUAUCUUUCUGAAGUUUGUCAGUUCCAUGAUUCCAACCAUUAAUUAUGACUUUACCAUGGAAGUGACGGCGAAUACUAGCAAGUAG